GGGGCUGCGGGGCUGCGGGGCGGGGCGCGCUGUCUCCCGGCCUGUCUGGAGCUCGGUGGCUGCAGAGGCGGCGGCGGCGGCGGCGGCGCAGGCACCGGCCCCGGGAGCGGCAUCAUGAGCGCAUCACAGAACAAUGACAAAAGACAGUUUCUCCUGGAGCGGCUGCUGGAUGCGGUGAAGCAGUGCCAGAUCCGCUUUGGGGGGAGAAAGGAGAUCGCCUCGGAUUCCGACAGCAGGGUGACCUGUCUGUGUGCCCAGUUUGAAGCUGUCCUGCAACAUGGCUUGAAGAGGAGCCGAGGACUGGCGCUCACAGCGGCAGCCAUCAAACAGGCCGCGGGCUUCGCCAGCAAAACCGAAACAGAGCCCGUGUUCUGGUCCUACGUGAGGGAGGCCCUCAGCAGACACGAGCUGCAGCGCUUCUACGGCCUGCGCCACAUCGCCUCGGACGUGGGCCGCGGCCGGGCCUGGCUGCGCUGCGCCCUCAACGAACACUCGCUGGAGCGCUACCUGCACACGCUCCUGGCUGACCGCGGCAGGCUCAGCACUUUUUAUGAAGACUGGUCUUUUGUGAUGGAUGAAGAAAGAUCUAGCAUGCUUCCAACCAUGGCAGCUGGUCUGAACUCCAUCCUCUUCGCCAUUAACAUCGACAACAAGGAUCUGAACGGGCAGAGUAAGUUUGCUCCCACCGUGUCAGACCUCUUGAAGGAGUCCACGCAGAACAUGACCUCUUUGCUGAAGGAGUCCACGCAGGGGGUGAGCAGCCUUCUCAGGGAGAUCACGGCCUCCUCCGCUGUGUCGAUCCUCAUCCGACCCGAGCAGGAGACCGACCCACUGCCUGUCGUGUGCAGGAGCGUCAGCGCUGAUGCCAGGAGUAAAAAGGAGAGGAAGAAGAAAAAGAAGGUGACCAACAUUAUCUCGUUUGAUGAUGAGGAAGAUGAGCAGAACUCUGGGGACGUUUUUAAAAAGAUUCCUGGGGCAGGGGAGAGCUCCGAGGAGAACUCCGACCGCUCCUCGAUCAACAUCAUGUCCGCCUUUGAAAGCCCCUUUGGGCCAAACUCCAAUGGGAGCCAGAGCAGCAGCUCAUGGAAAAUCGACUCUGUGUCUCUGAAUGGGGAGUUCGGGUACCAGAAGCUCGACGUGAAAAGCAUCGAUGAUGAAGACGCGGACGACAACGAGGACGACGUGUACGCAAACUCAUCCGGGAGGAAGCGCGCCAGCCACUCGGAGUCGCCUGAGAAGCCCCUGGAUGGGAACGGCUGCCUCUCCCAGAUGCACGGCUGGGCUCCACUCCAAGUGCUGCACGGUGAUGCCGACGUCCUCUUCCCGGUCAGCGGCGUGGGCUCCUACAGCCCAGCAGAUGCCCCUCUGGGAAGCCUGGAGAACGGGACGGGCCCGGAGGAUCACGUCGUGCCGGAGCCUGGCCUUCGGUUCAGCGUGGAAGCCAGUUCUCCAGGCCACGGAAGUCCGCUGAGCAGCCUGCUACCCGCUGCCUCGGUGCCAGAGUCGAUGACAGUCAGUGAACUGCGCCAAGCCAUCGUGGCCAUGAUGAAUCGGAAGGAUGAGCUGGAAGAGGAGAACAGAUCUCUGCGGAGUCUGCUGGAUGGGGAGAUGGAGCACUCGGCUGCACUCCGGCAAGAGGUGGAUGCCUUGAAAAAGAAGGUGGAGGAGCAGGAGGAGCGACAUACCACGAAGGUGCAGGCGUUGGCCAGAGAAAACGAGGUGCUCAAAGUCCAGCUGAAGAAAUACGUGGGAGCUGUCCAGAUGCUGAAAAGAGAAGGUCAAACGGCUGAAGUUGUGCCGAAUCUUUGGAGUGUUGAUGGAGACGUCCCGGUCGCGGCACAGAAGCCGGGGGAAGCUACUGAAGAGCUGGCGAGCUCCUACGAGCGGAAGCUCAUUGAGGUGGCGGAGAUGCACGGCGAGCUGAUCGAGUUCAACGAGCGCCUGCACAGGGCCCUGGUGGCCAAGGAAGCCCUGGUGUCCCAGAUGAGGCAGGAACUCAUCGAUCUCCGGGGGCCGGUGCCUGGAGAUUUGAGUCAAACAUCUGAAGACCAGAGCUUGUCGGAUUUUGAAAUAUCCAACCGGGCGCUGAUCAACGUGUGGAUCCCCUCGGUGUUCCUCCGGGGCAAGGCAGCGAACGCGUUCCACGUGUACCAGGGAAGUUCAUGUACACAAAGGCAGCCGAUGACGGGGGUGACAGAGAUGACAAUAUCACCAGCUGCCAUGGCUUCCUGCCUGCCAGGCACGGGCCGAGCAGUGGCAUCGCACAGCCACCCAGUGAGAUCAGCCAGAGAACUGAGGCUCGAGGUCUACAUCCGGAUCAAGGACGACGAGUGGAACGUGUACCGGAGGUACACAGAGUUCCGGAGCUUGCACCACAAGCUGCAGAACGCCUACCCUCAAGUGCGGGCCUACAACUUCCCACCCAAGAAGGCCAUCGGAAACAAGGAUGCCAAGUUCGUGGAGGAACGAAGAAAGCAGCUGCAGAGUUACCUGCGCAGCGUCAUGAACAAAGUCAUCCAGGCGGUCCCCGAGUUUGCCGCCAGCCCCAAGAAGGAGACACUGAUCCAGCUCAUGCCCUUCUUCGUGGACCUCGCCCCGCCCGGAGAGCCCCUCAACAACAGCCGGCCCAGAGUGGCUUCCCGCUUCCCCAAGCUGUCCCGGGGCCACCCCAGGGAGACGCGCAACGUGGAACCCCAGAGCGGCGACCUGUGACCUCAGCAAGACCCCAGAUGUGGGCCCAAAUCCUGCGCCAGGUGCCUCCGACCCGGCCAUGGCUGCCGACCCCUGACUUCCCGGAGCAACGUCACGGCCACCACCGGAUCCCGCAGGAAACCCCUCCUCACGGGCCGCGGGCCAUUCCGAUUAAACUGGUCAGUCUCGGAGCCGGGCAGCCUCUCGCUGGACAGACUGGGGCAGCCCAGAGCUGCCCCCCAGGGUCUGCCCUGGGCACCCGUGGUCCUUCCUCCAGCUCAGGGGCCAGGCAGAGAGGGGGUUCCCGGCUGGGCCAGGAGCCCCUUCGUCGACAUGCACAGUGCGAACGUUUCACAGGGACAGAGGGCCGGCCCGAAUCGGCCACCCGACGCCUUCCCACGCGGGAACCAGAAUGACCCUCAGCCUGUCUCCCUCUGGCUGCACCCUGUGGACUUCCCCCUCCCACCUGGGCCCCGCCAUGGCCCAGCCUCUGCAGGCCUUGGCCCCCAGCCCGCAGUGGCACUGAACUUGCGCUCCUGGGGAAGCCCCCUCCCUGGCCGGCUUCAGCCGCCCCUGCAGCUUGUGGGGCAGGGGGAGGCUCAGGUACCUGUGAUGCGGCAGAGACCUGGGCCACACGCACAGCGGCAGCCUUGGGCGCAGGCUCAAGGGAGAUCUGGCCCCGAGCGCCCCGCUGAUGGCGCCACAGCAGUGGACCCCAGACGCAGCUCCCACUCUGCACAGGGACCCCUGCAGUCACCCGUUCCCGACGCACCCUCUGCCCCCAGCGUGCUGUGCUCGGGGCAGAUCCCUGUGUCCCCGAGGUUGCUCCUGUGUCACAGCAAGGCCUUGCAGGCACAGGGUGAGGACCCCGAGCCCCGCCUCCCGCGAGCCGUGUCAGCUGGGUCCUGGGACCCAGCCAGUGACCAGCUUAACCUCCAGGCCCACGGAGCUGCCCCCCCCCCCCCGAGGGCUAAGAGCCCUGCAGCAGCGGAGCUCAGACACAGAGCAGGUGCAGUUCUGGGAGGAACGUGGAGAGCGAGGCCAGCCUGCACCCGGUCCCCUGCCUGGCGCGGAGGCAGACGCAAGGACGUCCACACGAGGAAGACACGGUGGGUUCCGUGGGAGCGGCUUCGGCUCAGUGGCUCAAACUGGGCACUCGGCCCUAGCGAGCACGGAUCCUUUCCCAGCUGGGGAUGAGCUGAGCCCCACCGAGGAACAGGCCUGAGCAGCUUCUGGGGUGGCCCGGGCCAGGUGAGGCUGACCGCGCCUGACCGAGGAGUGCGAGGAUGGCGUGCGGCUCCCAGAACCUGAGACCACCGGGCCCAGGAGGCAGCGCAGCCCCACUGUGCGCUCACUUCUCCCGGCUGCUCUGGCUGGUGGCUCUGAGGCUGAGCUCCUGGACCUUGCCCAGUUGAAGACGGAGCGGGCCUGCGCUGCCCACUCGCCUGUCCCGGCUCUACCUCCCUGUGCAGGGCGCCUGUCCCCUGUCCUGUCCCCAGUCCCCUUCCCAGCCCAUGAGGCAGUGAGCCCAGUGCAAAUCCUCACCCUCCCCAGCCACCCCCAGGAACCUUCCUGGCGUCCUGCAGAGUCCAGCAAAAAAAGGGGGGGGGCGACCUCCAACCCACAGCCUCUGAGAACAGGGGCGCCCCUGCGUGCACCCCAGAACUGCUGCCUGCCCAUUUUUAAAGCCUCCUCACUCUCAGAACAGCUGCCCUGCCCUCCAUACAGACUGAACACGCCUCCCCAGGGCCACCUGCCGGCUCUGCCCCGUCUCGUGACCGUGCACGGCAAGCCACCCUCGGGUCACCCCCCCGUCACUCAGUGUCCCUCGCGUGAGAGCCCGGAGCGGCCCAUGACACACUGGUUCCAGAACCUUCCCCAGAGCCUCCAGUGGAGCCGCGUGGGAUGCUCGGCCAUGGCUGUGCGCUGCUUGGAGCCUGCCCGCCCCACCCUCUGGUGCCAAGAGCGGGCUUCAGCCUGAGACACCGGGGACUUCAGAGGCCUGGAGAAGAACCAGACGAGGACCUGGAUCCCGUCAUGCCGCCGCUGGGGGAGGCACCGUGAGCUGCCCUCCAGCCUGGACCCAGCGCAGAGGGCUGGCCGCCCUGCUCCUCUGAGCCGUCGCCCAGGAAGGACCUGCUGGAGCUCACAGCCACCUCCAUGAGCAGGGAAGAACCUCCGAGAGGGGAAGCUGAGGGUCCACCUCCCUUGCCAAGGCCGUGCAAGUCUAGGACCCCUGCCACAAGCAGGCGCCCAGGCUGGGUCCGUGCGAGGAAGGCGCCCUGCCUGCUCAGGGUCUGCGGGUGCCAACACAGAUGCUGGCCUUGGGGUCCACCGUCUUCUCCUUUCUCACCACUGCUCCAGGUGAAGCAAAACUCAGAAAGGACAGGGCUGGGUGGCGGUGUCUCCCCUUGAAAGAGAUGAUCAAGUUUCCAAAUAUGGACCCCGCCUGCACAGCCGCUUCCAGCUCAGCCCCGUCUCGUCACAGGCCCACGCUGCUGGCCGUGGGUGCAGGCUGCCAGCCUGGGGGAGAGGAGGCAGCGCCCCGCAGGAGGCUGGCUGAGUGCAGGUGAGCACUGGCUUCGCCCGGGGCCUCCCGGCUGCCCAGGGAACCUGGUUCAGAUACAGUGCCUGGCGCCUCCUAGCACAAGUUCCUCAGGACAGCACACGCCAUGUGUUGGGCCUUUAACCAGCAGAGGCAACCGCAGGCCACUUGUGCAUCCCUGGCUGACACAGCUGCAGCGCGGGCUGCCCGGCCCUGGGCACUGGAGGUCCCCUCGUCGCUGCCCAGGUGAGGAGAGCGCCGGGGCUGAGGGGCAGCCCCAGACACAAGGCUGGCCUUGGGGGUCCCAGCAGGCCCCCCUCUCUGGUGCCCACUGCACAGCUUCCUCCAGGCCAGGCCUGGCUUCCCUGCACUGGCCCAGCCCCACCUAACCGACGGCAAAGCGAGGGCUGCACUGCCAGCCCUUGGGACCUGCCCAUCACACCGGCCCGGAGGCCCAGGCACUCAUCGUCGGACUUCCUCCCAGGGUUCUGCUCCGGCCAGCGCAGCUCUGGCCCUUUCACCCCCACCUGGAGGCCCGUGCCUGUGCGCCAGCGAGGUCUGCGGUCACGGACGUUUGUAGAAGACUCUGCGCUGUUUCCCUACAGCCCAUGUUAUACCGUGCUGUCUACACCAUGCUGUCUACACUGGCUUCUGUGCUCAUUUUGCACAGGUAGUAUGCCAUGUGUUGCAUCUGAAGUCUCUGUGCCAAGACAUUCCCUUCCAUGUUUCGGUCACACCCAAACUUGGUAAUGUUUCUCCAAGAAAACCCGAGCUGCUGGAUCACCAGGGCCGGGCUCAGCACCGGGGUCUCGGAGCCUUGGGCAGGCCACGGGCCACUGGAAUGCAGCUGACCCGUUCAUCUCACACUCCUUGUUUUAGCUGUGAGCCAUCGCUGUGUCCUGGGCCUGGUCUAGGUAGCGAGCACGCUGUCACAGGUCCCCUCUCCCCCCUGAAUCCUAACGAGCGGGUAGGAAGGGCUCCCUUCCAUCCGAGUUUUCGGAGACGGCAAACCACAGAUCUGUUCACUGAAAGGUGGCCCUGCUGCUGAGGGCCACGCCCGGCUCCCACUGGUGCAUCAACGUCUUCCGCUGCAGCUGUGCCUCUGUGAAGUGCCGGGGGGAGGCUUCCCCUCACCAGUACAGGCGCUCUGGCUAUCAGAGUGGGACCGCCAGGGGCGCCCUUGUAUGGCCUGGGAUGGAGGACACAGGAGGGCAGACGGCACACCUGCAGCGUAGGCUUGGGGAUGGUGACGGUCUGUCGUGGGCACAGUGGGGGAGCUGAGAAUUCAAGCAGCCUCUGAACUCCCAGCCCUGCCCUGCCACACUCCGUGCCCGUGGGCGUCGUCACCCCGCCAGUCCCCAGCUGUGCCCUCCUACACUCACUGCCCGUGGGCAUCGUCAUCACCCCGCCAGUCCCUGGCACCCCCAGGGAGGGCAGACAUGCAGAUGGCGGUGGGCACUGUAGGAUUAUCCUAACCACCCUUUUGCGUUAAGGUUUACAGGACAGAAUUUUUAAACAAAUGUGUUUAAUUUUCUAAAACCUCUUGUAUUAAAAUUUUCUUUUGGAAUAAGCUGUGGCAAUUUUGUUACAAUCUGGUUGAGAUAAACUUUACGAUGACAAAAUUAAUACAGUGACAUUUUAUAAAUUAUGUAACCUGC